AUGCCGCCGAGCGUUGUGGGCUAUCCGACCAACUGGGGAAUAGGCGUGCCGAUCGUUCGAUAUCCACCCCCGUUCGCGCAGUAUUACGGAAGUUACCAGUCUAAUAACACCUUGCCGAUAUUUCGAGAGAGGGAAAAAACACCAGAUAGCAUGACACAGGCAGCUGAGCCAAGGAAGGCAUCGUCGUUCGUAGGAGGCUGUGCAGUGCGGUACGGCACACGCGGCGUGACUUCAUAUGUUUACCUUGUUCUCAAGCGCGCGAGUGCGUUGGCGUUUUGGUGA